AUGUCUUCUUACAGGGGUGGCAGGGAGAAUCACGCGCCGGCGUGUAUUUUUGUGGGCAAUCUUCCAGAAGAUAUCACCGUGAGAGAAAUUGAAAACAUUUUCGGAAAGUUCGGCGAAAUUCGAGACAUCGAUAUCAAAAAGGGAAAAACCAGCAAUUACACUGCCUAUGCCUUCAUAGAAUUCUAUCAUAUGCGCGAUGCAGAAGAUGCAGUAGAAUCUCGUGACGGGUAUAAUUUUGACAAAUACCGCCUCCGCGUUGAAUUUAGUGGCCGAAAACGCUCUGGAAACCAAGGGGACAAACUCAGGCGAUAUAAUGACUACAGCAACACCAGGACUGAACACCGCCUAGUCAUCUCAAACAUUUCCUCCUCUUGUAGAUGGCAAGAUAUUAAGGACCAUAUGAAGAGGGCAGGUCCCGUUGGACACGUUUGCAUUAAAGACGGUAGGGGCUAUGUCGAAUACAUUAACAAAUCAGAUAUGAAAUAUGCACUUGAAAAAUAUGAUGGUUCUGAACUUCAAAGUGCAGGAAGGAGUUACCGGAUUAAGGUGCGAAUGGAUGAUCAUCGAAGCCAUUCACACUCAAAUGAACGCUCGCGCCGUUCUGCCAGCCAAAAUAAAAGUUUGAGAAGGUCGCGUUCAAGAUCUCGUUCCCCGCAAAUAAAUGAGCCGGAAGUACCUUCCGAGUCAGGUUGA